ACCUGGCGAGUGGUAGGGGCGGUCCUCCCGUGCUGUGGCUCACGCUUUGGUUCUAGAGGCCGAGGCUGUUCUGGAGACGGCGACCUUUGCGGCGACGGCUGAAGUUCUCGGAGGAGUAGCAGAGUACAGUCUGGAGGAGGGGCUUCUGGUCAGCCCAGGUUCUAUCAUGAUGAAUGGAUCCAGUGUGGCGAAUACAUCACCCAGUAUAAAAUCCACGGAGGACCAGGGGUUAAAUGGACAUGAUGAGAAGGAAAACCCAUUUGCAGAGUACAUGUGGAUGGAGAAUGAAGAGGAUUUCAACAGACAGGUGGAGGAGGAGCUGCAGGAGCAAGAAUUCUUGGACCGCUGCUUCCAGGAGAUGCUGGAUGAGGAAGACCAAGACUGGUUUAUUCCAUCGCGAGACCUGCCUCAGGCCGUGGGACAGUUGCAACAACAGUUAAAUGGACUGUCGGUCAGUGAUGAUCAUGAUUCUGAAGAUAUUUUGAGCAAAAGUAACCUGAACCCGGAUGCCAAGGAAUUUAUUCCAGGAGUGAAGUACUGAGCUGACAGAAAGCUUUGAGGAGGACUUGUAUGUCUCCGCAUCUGGGGACAGCGCUGCACAAAAAGCCGGAGCUGAAGGGGGGUGGGGCGGGCAAGGGGUGCACAGCGGGGAAGGGAACAGUGGUUUAACUUGACACUGUGACUGGAGUAACUAAUGUGCUCAGUCUUUCUCUUCAAGCCUCUGAGUAUUUCUCUUUUGUUCUACUGACUUUCAUUUGGCGCAAUUUCCUAUCAUUAUUAUUAGCUUUUUGAUUUAGGGAAAUUGCAGUCUUUCCCCUGACCCUGAUCAGGAAUGUUCUGCUGUGUGUGUUUAAACAAAAUAAGCUGACCAAGAAAAUCUGGGUGUUUAAGAAUGCCCUUCCCACCCUGCUGUAUACUUACCAAGGGCAGUGAACACCUGGAGCACUACUCACUCAGUCUGUUAAGCUGGAUGGGAAGAGGGAUGAGGGGAAGAAGCAGGUGUUGCAGACCAGAGUACACAGCUCCCCGACCCCUGGGGGUCUCCUGUGAUGAACUGGGAUUACCAAUGGCCUGCUGAGCCCAUGUCUUCCUGCCUGAACCCCAUUUAAGAAAACACAGGCUUCAAGUACUGGUUCACCAGUACUUUUGAUGGUUGAUGAACCAGCUUUCACCAACCAUCCUUUCAUGGUUGGUGAAAACUGUAAAUCAGGAGAGGACUGGGAUGGUGAUUGUCGCUUGAGUCAUUCAGUUACUGUUGGCCUACUCCUAAGCCUCUGUUUACAGCUACCAUCAAACUCAUCAUUUACAAGGUAAAAGAGCACUAGGGUGGAUUCGCCACUUCGUUUCUUGUGGUGUCUAGCUCCCUGUCUCCUUUCCACCCCAACCUUACUCUGUUUCUAAGAAAAGAUAUCGUUACCAAAGGUGUAUAAGAGGCAUGCAGUGCUGGCCGUCAGCUUCAGCCUUGAGAAGUCAUCCUUGAUUCCUGUUAAUUGUCUUAAAUUUAUUUUAACAAUUUUUUCCUGCCCCACGAAGACUUGGUCCACCUGGUAUCUGACUUUCCUUAGAAAGGGUUGUACACUUUUUAAAGUCAAUGUAUUUUUCAGGACACUAGCAAGAAGCUCAGUUCACAAUUUGGAUGUUUCUCCCCACCUUACAGAAUUAUGCAGAAGAACUCCAAAAAAGCCUAGGAGAGCGAGUCCUGCUUGACCCUGUGACUGUGUGACCCACUGGGACAGGUUCAGCAGUUACAAAUUUUGAUGUUCCCACACACCCAGCUUUUUGAAUUUUCUAAGUUGGACUUUCAGGGUAUGUUCCUUUCCUGCCCACAAGUCACAGGGGUUUUUGUUGUUAUUGUUGAUAUUCAUAAGGAACUAAACUGGGCGCCAGGAGCUGCCUUUGUGUGCUAGAGAGGUCAGUGGCAGAGUCAGGUCUAAAAGAGAGCAUGUCCAGUCCUGGCUGUUCUCCCGGGACAGGUGAGGACUUGCAGGGGCCUGAGGAGGACAGUGGCUCCUGUAUGAUUGCCACUGUCUUGUGUGAUAGGCCUAUCAGGAAAAGAUCAUGUAGCUUGAAAUAAAGUCUGUGUAAAUUCAGUAUGUGGAUGUGGGACAGAGGUUGGAAGGAAAGGACUGGGUUUUGGAGAACUUAAGAAUUUCUCCUUUUUCUUAUGAGGUCCCCUGUUGACUUUUUGAACAGCCACUGGUUAAUGUCAGAUUGAAAAUUUGAACCCACAUCUUUUCCUUGUUUGAGUCUUUAGGAUGGCAUCAUUUGAAAAAUGCCCUUCCUUGUUAGAUCACAUGUCAUAAGAGAGUAGCUUAGGGAGCUCAUAUUGCCAGAUGUUCUCAUGAAUUCUCAAAGCCUCUACCUCGAGAGAAUGGAACUCUUAACUCAUUUUCAGGAGAGCUUGUGAAUAAAGAAACGUCUUAAUUCCAGCUUCAGCUUUCAGCUGGAAUUGUUGCCUCUAAUAAGGAGAGGACCUUGGACGUGCAGAAAUAGAGGUCUCUUUCUUCUGGGGCUGCUUUUCCUCCUUCAAUCUGCAUUAACGUGUCCAAGCUCAGAAUUCUGAAGCCUGCUGGAAAUGUGUUGGGAUUGCAGAAGGAGCCAUUUCCCAGACCGUGGUGUCUCCAACACAAAGAGCACCAUGGAUUCUCGUGUGGCUCAUGGUCUGGGAAGCCCUUCUGAUCAAGCCAUUUCUUCAUCCUGAAGGAGGCUUGCCCUUCUGGCACCAGGAUAGGUGAAGGUGUUAGGCGUAGCCCAAAGGGCUUGUUUCCCCAUCUGCUGUGGGGUUUCAUCUCAGAUGUCAGCAUGGUUUCACAAGGCGUAUUUGUUCAGGAUGAAAGAAAGCUUCCUGCCAGACAAGCAGUGGAACCUGAGGGCUGGCCGUUCCAGUCCUAAUCAGACACAGUGUGCUGACUCCAGGAUCAGGAACCAGCUAGCAGUGUGACCCCCCCGCCCCUCAGCUUUUUAAUGUGUAGGUUUGUGCUUCCAACAGUUCCUCUUGCAGCCUGACUUUUUUCUCCAUCUAUUUUAUGUUGUGAGGUGGGAGCACAGUUGUCACCCAGACCACAGGCCCAGCUUUCGUCAGAGUUUGUCAGCUCGUUAGCUGCAAAUGCAUGUGGGUCUUAUUGGAUCUUCACUGGGGAAAGGUUGGGAACCUCUGUCUCAGACUUUUCCUCAUAGGAGAGGUUCUGGGCGCAAGCCAUACUAGACACCUUUACCCUUUAAGAAUGGGGCUGGUAUUAUAAGUGAUGAUUUUGAUGUUGACUUUAAGCCACUACUCUUUUUUUUUUUUUAUUGGCAACUGGAAGUUUAAGUAUAGAAACAGAAUGUGUAUUUUUAACAAUUGCCAAUUCUGGCUGGUCCCAGUGUUCGUUUCUUAGUGAUUGAUUUUGUGAUUAUUGGACUCUAAAACUCCAAAAUGAAAAUUAUUUUAUCUCUUGCUCUUCAAGGGGAAAAAGACAAAAGAAAUGCCUUUUAGUUUCUCCAGCUCUUUGAACUUCAGCAGAAAUCUUGAUAGAUAUAGCCUGGGUCUGAGCAUCUGCAGCUGUGGGUCUUUGGACCAGUUUCUGACUGCAGCAGUUGACUUUUGGGGGUCACAUAAGGUCAAACCCGAAAAGAUUGUAAGGAAAAGGCUGGACCUUUGCAGCACCUUUAGUUUCCAAAGUCAAAACAGCUGGGGUCUCUUUAAUUAAGGUUACAGCGCUAAUUAUGAGUUCAAAAUGUUUUUAGGGGUAAUCAGCAGUUUUCAAAUUGUGUAUUGCUAUAAUGUCAAAGUUCUGUCUUGAUUUUGGAGUUGCUGGGAAGUAAGGAGGUGAGUCAAACACUCUGACCUCAGAGUGGAAAUUAAUAUAUGUCAGAGAGGAAAGUUGUGUGAAGAAGUAGCCAGAGGAAACAGUUUGACUGAAUCUUCUUGCAUUGGUGCUGCUGCAAAGUCCGUGUGUAAACAUCAGGAGCCCAGGAACCUACACUACUGAGAUGGGAGGGGGCAAGUGUUCUUCGAUAAGGAUCUUGGCAUCACGGGUUAAUAAUGUUGCUUGGUUUAGGUUAUGUUGAUGUAUGGGCUCAGACAGAGACCUGACAGAUUUGACCAAGAUUUGGAGAUGGCACCUUUUGGGAAAGACUGUAUAUUCCUAGCCACUCUCCUGCAGGAUAAAUGUAGAUCUCACUGGUUUUGGAAGUGGAUGGAGAGAAGGGGAGGAUUGACCAGGAUCUGGUGAGCAUCAGGAACCUUGGUCUCCUCCUACCUCUGCCCGCAUUUACCCAUCUGAAUCGUUUCCCCUCUCACUGCCCACAGAGGUCAUUAGUUCUCCUGAUCCCUGUGUAGUGCACAGAGUACUUUCUGCAGCCACUGCUCUGCUGCCUUGUGAAUUUCAUCCACAGACUUGGUCAGUCACAAUUUUGUGAGUCUUUUUUCCCCUUUGUUUUUAAUCUUCUAUCUUUAUUUCUCCCAUCUUGAACCUGCAAUUAGUGACAAAGGACGGGGAAUAGGAGGCUGACCCAAGAAAACACUCAAGUUUCCUGCUCGCUACUUGGCCAUUGCCCUACCUGCCCAGCCCCCCACUGCUGUCCCCAGGCUAGAUUUGGGGGGGAGGGAAUCAUACAAAUAGGACAGCUGACUUCACUGAUCUCUACAGGGUGUUAGCCAAGCGAUUCACCACCCUACUCCCAGGAGGCAGGAGAGAAAUCUACCAAGGGAUAGAUGCACCAUCUUUGUUUUAAAAGAAAAGCCGCUUUAGAUUUUGUUACUAGCAGUCUGAUUUGUGAGGUCUGCUGAGAUUUCUUCCCCAGUCCUACCUUCUUACUGACUACCUUUUAAUAUUAGAGUAAGUAAAGAAACAUUCUAGGCUGUGUACUAUAAAAUAGUACAAUGUUUUCACUCUGUAACUCAACACUAAUUGAUAACCCUGUCCUUUUGAUUGUGAGCCUUCAGAAAUGUUUAAUGCUUCAUGACUGGUUUAUGAGACAGGGACUUUUGUUUUAAACAACUUUAUUGAGGCAUAUUUUACAUAUCAUAAAAUUCACCCAUUUCAAGUGUACACCUCAGUGAUUUUAGUAACUUUCCUGAGCGGUACAGCUGUACAGUUCUCAGUUUUAGGACAUUUUCACCCCCUCAGUAAGGUCCUUCGUGCCUAUUUACAUGAUGAUACCGGUUCCUAGCUCUAGGCAGUCACUAAUCUUUCUGUCACUGUAAAUUUGCCUUUUCUGGCCAUCAUCUCAAUGGACUCAUACAAAAUGUGGUCUCUUGUAUCUGGCUUUUUUCAUUUAGUAUAUUUUCGAGGUUCAUCUGUGUUGUAUAACUUGUGUUAGUAGUCUGUUCCUUUUUUAUUGCUGAAUAAUAUUCCAUUGAUGAUGUACUACAUUUUUGUCAGCAGGGGGUCUUUUAAACUUGGAUUUCGACCUCUUGUGGUCUAAAUGGAACCCUCAGAACAUAGGACUCAUUGGCAAGCUGCUGUGCGUGUCAAAGGAACUGCUUAUUAAAACCAGCUUUGUCAUUAGAAGCUCCAUGAGGAGCCUGAACUGCUGCAGAAAUUUUUAUAACUUUGCAACUUCUUUUUUAUAUGAAACUUUUGUGCUGUCUACACAUUGGGCUUCUGAAGCAUCUGAUAAUUAACUUAAUAAGUUAAUGAGCAUGUGUUUGAGUGGACAAGGGAAACCAUCAAUACUGUGUUGACUGUUUUUUCCUCCCCAGCUAAAUGGAGGAAUCUCUGAACUUUCUAAAUAGUGUCGUCUCCAUUACAAAGCUGAACAUGUAUUAAAGAUCGUGCUGCCUUUGUUAGACCGAUUUGGAAGGAAAGAAGACAGCCAGCAGAGGAGGUCGAGAGAAGAAAGGGAGUGGACUUUGCGGUACAUCCCAGCAGGUCUGUGCACGGCCCACGCAUCUGCUAUUGUGGACGGUGAAGCACUGACCGUGCCAGGGCAGCUUGGCACCUCCCGCAGGGCCAGGCCUGGACUUUGGACCUUUUCCCUAUUUCUCAAGUGUUUUAAAAGCUGUUUUUGUUUCUUUUUUUCCUAAAUACACAUUACAUGGUAGUUAUUAAUACUUCUUUGGGGGAGGGGCAGGGCUUUAAAAUUGAAGAAAAUACUUUUCAUAAAAAUAUCAAAAAUGGAAAAAAAGUUACUUUUUAAAAAAAUUUGCUAUACAAACCAAGUGGCAGCUGUUGAA